GAGGAUCCGCAAGAAACAGGCAAGACCUUCUCCGCUACACUAUUCACCACACCCAUGAGUACCCGGACACGGAAAAGUCCCUGAGUGACAGCAGCAGCCAGGAUUCGACCUCCCUCCCACAACCUCCAACGCGGGCGAACUCGGCCUGCGAAGCCCAGGCGGGGAGGGGCCGGGUCGGGGGCGGCCUGGCAGGAAGCGGCGCGUACCUUCCGCUGCAGGAGGAGCAGGUGGCUGCCGUGCUGCCCCGGGCCCCAGGCUUCCUGUGUACGCUCCCGCUGGCUGCUUUUUCCCGCCAGAGCUCAUUGGGCCACCCGGGCCCUAUGGCUCAGACCCCAGACGGCAUAUCCUGUGAACUGCGAGGCGAGAUCACCAGGUUCCUGUGGCCCAAGGAGGCAGAGCUGCUGUUGAAAACCUGGUUUCCCCAGGAGGGUGCUGAACAAAGUCAUAUCCUGGCACUGCUUCGAUGGAGGGCAUAUUUGCUGCAUACCUGCCUCCCGCUGAGGGUGGACUGCACAUUCAGCUACCUGGAGGUCCAGGCCAUGGCACUGCAGGAAACACCUCCUCAGGUCACCUUUGAGCUGGAGUCCCUGCCUGAACUGGUCCUGGAGUUUCCGGGUGUGGCUGCCCUAGAACAGCUGGCCCAGCAUGUGGCUGUAGCCAUCAAAAAGGUUUUUCCUCGCUCGACCCUCGGGAAGCUGUUCCGGAAGCCCACACCCUCGUCCCUGCUGGCUCGACUGGAGAGAAGCCUUCCCUCAGAGUCCACAUCACCCAGCAGUCCCUGUGGUGGCUUCUUGGAGACAUAUGAAGCUCUGUGUGACUACAAUGGCUUCCCUUUCCGAGAGGAGAUUCAGUGGGAUGUGGACACUAUCUACCACCGUCAAGGCUGCCGCCAUUUCUGCCUUGGAGACUUCGCCCACCUGGGCAGCAGAGACCUGGCCUUGAGUGUAGCUGCCUUAUCUUACAACCUGUGGUUCCGGCGUCUCUCCUGCGUGGACAUGAAGCUGAGCCUGGAGGUCUCAGAACAGAUUCUACACAUGAUGAGUCAAUCUUCCCACUUGGAGGAGCUGGUGCUGGAGACCUGUGGCCUCAGAGGAGACUUUGUUCGGCGACUGGCCCAGGCCCUGGCAGGGCAUUCUAACUCUGGACUUCGGGAGCUCAGCCUGUCUGGGAACUUGCUGGAUGACAGAGGUCUGGCUGCACUCAGCAGACACCUAGAGCAUUGUCCAGGAGCCCUGAGGAGACUCAGCCUGGCACAGACAGGCUUGACACCUCGAGGAAUGAGGGCUCUAGGCAGGGCACUGGCAGCCAACGCCACCUUUGACUCCACCCUGACCCACCUGGAUCUUUCCGGGAACCCUGGGGCACUGGGAGCCUCUCAGGACAGUGGGGGCCUGUACACUUUCCUGAGCCGUCCUAACGUUCUGGUGUUUCUGAAUCUGGCAGGCACUGACGCCGCCCUGGGCACGCUCUUUGCAGCGUUAUCUGGUGGCUGCUGCUCCAACCUCACCCGCCUCGAAGCUUCAAGGAAUAUCUUCUCGCGCACGAAGUCCAAAGCGGCACCGGCCGCGCUGCAACGCUUCCUCGGCAGUGUCAGGAUACUGCAGCACCUGGGCCUGGCCGGCUGCAAACUGCCACCGGAAGCGCUUAGGGCCCUUCUAGAUGGCCUUGCGCUCAACACGCAGAUCCAUGACCUGCACCUGGACCUCAGCGCAUGUGAGCUGCGCUCCGCGGGUGCCCAGGUGAUACAAGACUUAGUCUGUGACGCCGGUGCCUUGAGCUCCUUGGAUCUGUCAGACAAUGGCUUUGGCUCCGACAUGGUGACUCUGGUGCUUGCCAUCGGGAGGAGCCGGUCUCUGAAACACGUGGCCCUUGGAAGAAACUUCAACGUGCGGUGCAAGGAGACCCUGGACGAUGUCCUGCACCGGAUAGUCCAGCUCAUGCAGGACGAUGACUGUCCUUUGCAGUCUCUGUCAGUGGCUGACUCCCGGUUGAAGCAGGGAGCCAGUGUCCUGCUUCGGGCUUUGGGCACUAAUCCUAAACUGACAGCACUGGAUAUCAGUGGCAAUGCCAUAGGGGAUGCUGGUGCCAAGAUGCUAGCCAAGGCUCUACGAGUCAACACCAGGCUUCGGUCGGUGAUCUGGGACCGAAACAACACUUCUGCUCUGGGCCUGCUGGAUGUGGCGCAAGCCCUGGAAGAAAAUCACAGCCUGAAGUCCAUGCCGCUGCCGCUGAAUGACGUAACCCAGGCACACCGCAGCCGCCCAGAACUGACAGCACGAGCAGUCCAUCAGAUCCAAGCCUGUCUCUUGAGGAACAACCAGGCAGAGCCUGCUCCUGACCUCACGUCCUGCCUUCAGCCUUUGCAUCUGACUUCAGGCCACUCGGAGCAGGAAGUGAACGAACUGUGCCAGUCAGUGCAGGAGCACAUGGAGCUGCUGGGCUGUGGGGCUGGGCCCCAGGGUGAGGUUGCUGUGCACCAGGCUGAAGAUGCCAUCCAGAAUGCCAACUUCUCUCUCAGUAUCCUUCCCAUUCUAUAUGAGGCCGGGAGCUCUCCAAGCCAUCACUGGCAGCUGCACCAGAAGCUGGAGGGCCUCUUGGGUCAGGUGGGCGAGAUCUGCCGCCAGGACAUCCAGGACUUCACUCAGACCACACUGGAUACCACAAGGAGCCUUUGCCCGCAGAUGUUGCAGAGACCUAGCUGGAAGGAGCAGGUAGAGGGAGUUCUGGUGGGCUCCAGGAGCCUUCCAGAACUGCUUCCAGAACAUCUGCUGCAAGAUGCCUUUACUAGGCUGAGGGACAUGCGCCUGUCAAUCACAGGGACCCUAGCAGAGAGCAUUGUGGCUCAGGCUCUUGAAGGUCUUCAUAUAGCCAGAGAUCAACUGAUGGAGAGUCUAGCUCAGCAGGCACCAGUGACAGUGGACCCCGCAGUACCAUCACUGGAUGUAUGUGAGCUCAGUCCCCUUGAGACUGGGGGAUUGGAAGAUCUUUUCUUUCCCAUGGAGAAGGAAGAGGAGAGAGAGGAUAAUGGUUCGUCAUGGAAAUGGCCCGAGCCCAGCUAUUGUUUUCACCUGGUCCCUUCCCUUCAUGGUACUGCUGAGGAAGCAGAGCGGGACCCCGAGCUGGCGGCUCCGGGUGAAGAUGCGGAGCCGCAGGCUGGGCCGUCCGCACGCGGCUCUCCAAGCCCCGCUGCCCCGGGGCCCCCCGCCGGCCCGCUGCCUCGCAUGGACCUGCCACCCGCCGGACAACCCCUACGCCAUCCGACCCGGGCCCGGCCACGGCCACGUCGCCAGCACCACCACCGUCCGCCGCCGGGGGGCCCCCAGGUGUCCCCAGCCCUGCUGCAAGAAGGGAAUGGGCUCACUGCUCGUGUGGAUGAGGGUGUGGAGGAAUUCUUCUCCAAAAGGCUGAUCCAGCAGGAUCGCCUCUGGGCCCCAGAGGAGGAUCCAGCCACUGAGGGCGGUGCCACUCCUGUCCCCCGUACACUUCGAAAGAAGCUGGGUACCCUCUUUGCCUUUAAGAAACCUCGUUCAACAAGGGGUCCAAGAUCUGAUCUAGAGACCAGCCCUGGAGCAACAGCUCGUGCUAGAAAAACCACACUUGGGGACCUGCUUCGACCACCAGCUCGUCCAAGCCGCAGCGAGGAGCCUGGAGGGGCAGAAGGGGGCACCAGCAGUCCUGACUCUGCUCGAAGAAAUCGGCCUCGGUACACACGGGAAAGCAAAGCCUACUCUAUGAUACUGCUGCCCGCUGAGGAGGAGGAAGCGACAGGGAGUGCCAGACCUGACAAGAGGCGGCCUCUGGAACGGGGAGACACAGAACUGGCCCCGUCUUUUGAGCAGCGGGUCCAAGUGAUGCUGCAGAGGAUCGGUGUGAGCCGGGGCAGUGGGGGUGCCGAAAGCAAGAGGAAGCAAAGCAAAGAUGGUGAGAUCAAGAAGGCAGGCUCAGAUGGUGACAUUAUGGACAGUUCCACAGAGACCCCUCCCAUCUCAAUCAAGUCCCGUACCCACUCUGUGUCUGCUGAUCCCUCAUGUAGACCCGGCCCAGGGGGCCAGGGACCUGAGUCUGCCACCUGGAAGACACUGGGGCAACAGCUGAAUGCAGAGCUCAGAGGCCGUGGUUGGGGCCAACAGGAUGGUCCAGGGCCCCCUUCCCCAUGUCCUAGCCCAAGUCCCCGAAGAACCAGCCCCUCCCCAGACAUCCUGAGUCUCCCAGAGGACCCUUGCAUGGGCCCUCGGAGUGAAGAUGGCCAGCUGAGGCCGAGGCCUCUCUCAGCAGGGCGGCGAGCAGUGUCUGUGCAUGAGGACCAGCUCCAGACCCCUGCGGAACGGCCCCUUCGGCUGCAGCGCUCCCCUGUCCUCAAGCGCAGGCCGAAGCUUGAGGCACCACCAUCUCCAAGCUUAGGCUCUGGCCUUGGAACCAAGCCUCUUUUUCCAUACUCAACAGAAUCCUCCAGCCCUGAGCGGAGCCCUCCCUCCCCAGCCACAGACCAAAGAGGCGGCGGCCCCAAUCCCUGAUCCUGUCCUCUCCUGCCGCAUGAAAUUAUUUUAUUAAAAAACUUGAAUGAAA